ACGAUCUCUCAAUCAGGAGCCCAUACAAGCAACGUGUUUUGCACCGUAGGGUUUCCUUCAUCCUCUCUCGCGAAGGAUUGCCGCAGCCUCACACCCCCUCCACCGCGCCGGCCUCCUCCACCACAAGUCUGUCCAGCUUGCUCAUGAGUCCAUGGUGAACUACCAUCAUUCCCCCCAAUGUCUACGUCACAAUCCCCGAUGGCCUCUACGGAUCAAUCUGCUAUCACUGUGGUACGAAGCGAGGAAGAAUCAAAUGGAAUAGACAACGGUGAUGAAGUACAGGAAAAAAAGAGCACACAGGCCACAGAUUGCGAAGUCGCAAAGGGAUUAACCAUCAAGGAAACAAGUGAAGAAAUGCAGCCAGCUCAAGACAAUGAAUUAGCACAAACAUUCGACACCGAAGGGGCAGAAACUGUAGGGGACAAGCUUGCAGAACUAAAUGGAAUACCCAACAAAGAUGAAGUGGAGAAAAAGAAGAGCACGCAGUCCACAGAUUCCAAGGAAUUAACCUUGAACGAAACAAGAGAACAAAUGCAGUUAGCUCAGGAUGAGGAAUUAGCACAAACAUUUGGCAUCGAAGGGGCAAACACUAUAGGGGACACAAUGAGAGAAUCAAAUGAAACAGCCGACAAAGAAGUGGAGAAAAUGCAAAGCACGCAGUCAAGUGAUUCAGAAGACUCCGAAGUGACAGAGGAAUUAACCUUCAAUGAAACAAGUGAACAAAUGGAUGCAGCUGAGGACAGAGAAUUAGAACUAACGUCUGGCAUGGAAGGGGCACAUGCAGGGAAGCCUAUCCGACUGCAUAACAAACCUAAGAAGGCACAAGACUAUGUGGUGGCUCCAGAAGGCACGGACAAAUCCUUCUAUGCCCUGCUUUUGCUACAUUUGUUUUCUUUGUCAUUAAUAAAUGUUGUUACUUACAUCAUGAUAGAUUACGCCUGCACCGGCGAUGAUUGGUCUGUGAUUGAAAAUAUCAUGUCUGAACCAAACGAUAAAAGAAAUUUAGUGAGCAUUGAUGACUCACAUCUCCAAAGAAAACAAUUACAACGUCUAUUACUCCCAGAAGAAUUUGUUGGCGACGAAAUCAUAGACGCAUACAUACAUUGCAUAAGUGCUAAAGAGCAUCUACAGAUGAGGUCAGGUGGAAGUGUGUUCUUAGAGAGUGCAUGCAUCUCUAAGAUGAUAAAGGAAUUUAGCUCUAUACGGGAUGAGGCACCAAGAUGGGUAUUAAACAGAGCUACAACUUAUUUGGAACAUGAUAUGAUAUUCAUUCCAGUGAACAUUGAACACUUCCAUUGGUACCUAGCAGUUAUAAAUACCGGGCAGCGAUGCAUCCAGGUGCUCGACUCGCUAGGCCCAGGAAUGAGCCGCAAAGACCUUACCGCUAUGCUCAAAGGACUGGAAAAUGUAUUUGAAUAUGCAUCGCUUCAAAUGGAACUAAAAACUGAUAAGUGGAAAGACUUAAACAUCUCAACAUGGCGAAGGGAAGAGUGUAUUAAGAGCAAACUGCAAAGAGAUGGGUCAUCUUGUGGUCUGUGGAUGAUAAAUUUUAUGGAGUACUUCACAGGAUAUAUUUUGUCUGACAUUCCUACACAGGAACAUAUGACAGAUUUUAGAACAAAACUAGCUGUCAUCUUAGUGGACUCGGAAUUGAAUGAUGAUAAUAUAAGAAAUCGAGACAUGGAAGAUGACGAAAACAACACAGAUCCCACGGAAUGUAUGAUUCUGGAUAGACCUCCUGAGAAUUUCAAAACAUCAAAUACAUCUGAAGAAGUCGAGCUCAUCUCACAGUCAUUUAUCCUUUCACCGUAUGUCAAAACAACAAACGAUGAUUUAAUAGAUGAACUGUGCUUGUUCAUCGGUAUGGUUGAUGAUGUCGCUCUACUAGAGAGCGAAUGGGUGAAAAGCUCUGAUCCAUACCCUAUUAGCUUAAAUUUGAGACAAAUAAAAAACAUAUUGAACAACGAUGAAUACAUGGAUAUCCAUUGCUUUAAUAUGGCUGUGCGGAUACUAGCGCGGCACGAAGUCCAGCUUCUCAGAGACAUUCCAUCUCACUAUAUGGAUCUGAACUUUUGUUCGAUGUUCCACUAUGCACGAGACUCAAGUCAUCGUGAGAAUAUGGAAAUUGCUACAUUGAGACAGUUGUUUCAUAGCUGGCCUGACAGUAAUGAUUACCAUAUCUCACAAUGUGAUGUGAUUUUAUUGCCUUGGUAUAUGUUUGGACUAUUUCUAUUGUUUGUGUUGGAUCAAAAUAAAAAGGUUGUUUCAAUUUUCGAUCCGUUGCCAAUACCUACUCUGGGGAAUAAUGUACUUAAAAUUGUGGCUGAGAACCUAAACCGUGCACUAGAAGUUGCAAACCCUGCAUUCAAGGAUGAUAUCUCUAAAUGGGAAUGCUUAGUUCCUGUUGCUCCAACUAACUCACAUUGUGCCCUGUCCGGUUAUUUGGUUUUUAAUUACAUGCACUCAUUGUGUGAUGGAAAACUAUAUUUUCCCAUACCCAAGGAUGGAUUUCAGCUGAGGAAGCAAUUUUUGGUGCAUAUUUUAAAGUACGAAGAGAAUGAAGCUCAAAACAACAUCCCAUACAUUGAACGAAGCAUCAUUGAUCGCAUCUAUAGAUGGACCUUCAUUGCUUCAAAAGAUGGACCUUCAAGACAUGCUUAGUUGGGGUUUUUAAAAUAUAUUUUUUUGUAUAAGAACUCACUAAAUAAAAAUUAGAUCCAGAAUAGAUGUUUUUACUAUAGACUAUGAUGCAUGGGUUGGAUCAGAAAUAUGUCACACUUCCUGAAAAUACAAUUUGAGUGACAUGAUAACAUUGUUUGAAAUUUUAACUAA